AUGGCACCAAAGUUAAAAUUUGCAGAAGGCGAAAAAGUUCUUUGCUUCCAUGGGCCGCUCAUUUACGAAGCCAAAUGUCUUAAAAGUUCUGUUACAAAAGACAAACAUGUUCGAUAUUUGAUUCAUUAUGCUGGCUGGAAUAAGAAUUGGGAUGAAUGGGUACCUGAAAGCAGAGUUCUUAAAUAUAAUGAAGCAAAUGUGCAAAGACAAAAGGAAGUACAAAGAGCUCAUUCUGCUCAACCAGCAAAAACUAAAAAGACACCAGCAAAAGGUCGGAAAUCUGAAGCUGCAUCAAGUUCAACUCCAGCCAGAGAAGAAUCAAGAGCAUCUACACCAGCAGGUAAAGAUGCUGAAACUACCCCAGCACCAGCAAAGGCAACAAAGACUCAGAGUAAGGACACUCCAGCUGACUCGGGAUCAGAUCAACCUAAGAAAAAGCGUGGUAGGCUCGAUGUGUCCAUUGAAUCUGAAGAACAAUACUUGGCAAAAGUGGAAGUAAAGAUUAAAAUACCCGAAGAACUAAAAGUGUGGCUUGUUGAUGAUUGGGACGUCAUAACCAGACAACAAAAAUUAGCUAUUUUGCCUGCAAAGCUAACUGUAUCACAAAUUGUGGACAACUAUUUGGCGUUUAAAAAAUCAAGCAAACUGCAUAAUCAAGCUAAAGAAUCUGUCCUAGUUGAUAUUACCGAAGGUAUAAAAGAAUACUUUAAUGCUACUCUCGGCUCUCAACUUCUUUACAAAUUUGAAAGACCUCAGUACAGUGAAGUAUUGCAAGAUUACCCGGACACUCCCAUGUCUCAAAUAUAUGGGGCCAUACAUUUAUUGCGGCUUUUUGCCAAACUGGGUCCAAUGUUAGCAUAUACUGCCUUAGACGAGAAGUCCCUACAACAUGUUCUAUCUCAUAUCCAAGACUUCCUUAAAUAUAUGGUGACAAACAGAUCUACUCUGUUUAACUUGCAGGACUAUGGAAAUGCCACUCCAGAAUAUCAUAGAAAAGUUCAG